UUCCGGCGCUUGUAUUACGUCCUGAGUUCUGGUUGGACAGCCUGGCCGGAAGUGAGCCCGUCAACCCGCCUUGGAAAGGGAGAGACCGGACUAGCCGCGCUUACUAUGGCCACUGCUACUGACCAGUUGGUUGGGUAUGGCUUGGUAGCCUUCAGUCUCAUUCUCUUUGCUUACUAUACUGUCUGGAUUAUCAUUCUGCCCUUCAUUGAAAUUGACCACCUGAUUCACAAGUAUUUUUUGCCACGAGAGUAUUCGGUGAUCAUCCCUGUCGUUGCGGGGCUUGUAUUGCUGCUCUUUAUAGGAAUGUUCAUAGCCACCAUCACAUGGAAGAACAGGAAGACUGCGAAGAAAUCUGCAUGAAGGUGGCAAGAAGGAAGGAGCACACAGGAAAUCCGGCAGGCACUUUUGACAUCAGCAACGUGUGUGGGUUUUCCCCCAUCAAAUCAUUUUUACUGAACAGCAACACAUUUUCUGGGGCGGCCCAGCCCACAGUAACUAGCAGACACCAGCAGCAAAUGCUAGGAAGGGUGGAGGGACUUGGCUGCUACCCUCAUCAACUAUGUCCCAGUCUGGGUAUGGACCAAAGGGACUCAGAGCCAGAGGCACCACAAACAAUGCUGCUCUGUUCCAGCCUUUUGGAAUACUUAGAUCAGUACCCCAGUGUCCUCUUGGCUACCCCAGUAAAGAGCCUAAAUCUGGGGUAGCCAGCAAGACGCUCUUCAGAUGUUGUCACACUCAAACUCACCCCCAUCAUCCCAUAACCAUUGGCCAUCCAGUGGUUGCGACUCCACCCCAAAGUAAAGGGCACCGGGUUCCCCAUCCCUUCUCUGGAAGGGAGGCCUUGUCUAAACAGAGGUCUUCCUCCGUCUCUCAAAUGCUGUAGGGGAUGUCUUGGAGUACAGAUGGAGAACCUGUGGCCCUUCCAGAUGUUGUUAGGCUACAUCUCCUGCCAUCCCUGAACCAUUGGGGGCUGAUGGGAGCUAGAGUCCCAACAGCAUCUGCAAGGUGCCAUAUUGGCUACCUCUGGUUGCACUGCAACCUCUUUUUGUUGACACACUUUUUCCUCUUCUCCUGCCUCCUCCACCUCCUUCGAUUCCAUCUCUCUGCCACCACCAGUCUCACUCCCCUUUCAGCUCUUUGGACCAUGUUUUCCUUCAGUUCAGCCUCCCCUAGUACAGUGCCCUGCCGUCACUGUGGAUUACUACUCCCAGAAGCCCCGGGCAGCUCUGCUGCAUCCUGCGAGCCCCUUUGCUUGUCAAAAUUGCAAAAGAGGUCCUAGGAACACUUUCACAUGUUCACUGGCAGCAUUUGGACAGCCAGACUUUUGAAGCAGGGUCAUAUAGUUGAAACCGGCACUCUUACUGCUGUGCUGACCCGGAGUUGUCUGAUGAGUAAGCAGGCCCCUGAUGAGAGCAGAGCUUUGCCUGCAGCUGUGGCAUUAUGUGUGCAAUUAUGGCCCUGCCAGUGUUGCUGUUCGACUCCCAACUUCCAUCAUCCCUAAGCAUUGGCUGUGCUGACUGAGGGUGAUGGGAGUUCGAGUCCUCCAAUGGUUGGAGGGCCACAGAUUCCUUAGAGCUUGUCUGAGGCUGCCUGGCUGGCCUGGUUUUUUAAGGAGUUCAAGAAGCACACAAGAGCCCGCUUUUGUUGUCCUGGAGUAUUAAUUCAGUUUUGUAAUUUUAUUAACCCAGAGGCGGGGAAAGUUAAUCCACUAGGUGGGCUUGAGUUGGUCUGGGGCUCAGACUGCACAUCUGUUAAAUGGAGGUAUAAACACUGAGGGGGGUUGAUGGUUCCACUCACAGCAUGGGGAUUCACAAGCAGGAAGAACCUUUUUUGAAACCACCCUGUCUUUUGAACGUUAAAAAGAGAAAGAGGAGAGGAAAAGCUGGAAGCAGUGCCCGAAAAGCCGUGCAAAAGAAUAUCCAAUCCAGUCCUACUCAGUGUAGACCCAUUGAAAUGAUUGGGGAUGACUUAAUUUAGCCCCAUUCAUUUUAGUGGGUCUACUGUGAAAUAGGACUAGCAUUGGACAACCCUCUGUAUGGCUCUUUGAGCUGAAAACAGGUUUCCUGACCAAAGUGUAUUGAGCUUAUCAGAAUAAACAGUUAAUGGCCCCUCUU